GCUUUGCGAUUUUCAGUGGCGUGGAUGCCAACGCCAACGUCACCGCCGACCAUGGCACAGAGAGGGUCACCUGCGACACAGCUGAGAGCUGCAUGGGGAACAUGACACAGCUGAGGCAGCAGGGCCACUUCUCCAGGUGCCCGGAGAAGUACAAGCACUACUGCAUCAAAGGGAGAUGCCGCUUCCUUGAGGCUGAGAUGGCACCGGCUUGCCAGCGGGAGGAUGGGAGCACGGGCACNCGCUGCGAGAGGGUGGACAUCUUCUACCUGCGAGGUGACCAGGGCCAGAUCGUCGUCAUCUCCUUGAUCGCUGCCAUCGUCACCCUCAUCAUCCUCGUCGUCUUUGUCUGCCUGUGCAGUCA